AAGUAUCACAUCCUCUUAGCUGUAAACACUGAACUAAGUAAGGGCCAGUGACUUUCAGAAGAUGAAGACGGGUAGAAAAUUCUGCCAGGACUGCGUGAGACCCCAGAGUUAAAAUCCCGUGGGAGUUUCUAACCGCUCAGCUGGAGGCAGCCCACCGGGACCAUAGGCAAAGCACAGAAAUCGCCACGAUGAUCUCACAACCCACAACCAAGGAGAACAUUAUAGUUCUCACACCAAGUGGUAUCAACUUCCUCGAAACAGAGAAAUCUAAACCCACCAACCAGAAGCAAGACAGUGUGAAGCAAUGUCUAAAGGCAGAGGUCAAAGUUCUUGCAACUAUCCAGAUCAUGUGUGGCGUGAUGAUAUUGAGUCUGGGAAUCAUGUUGGCCUCUGCUUCCUUCUCUCCGUAUUUCACCCACAUAUUUUCCAUCCUGGUGAAUGCUGCUUACCCAUUCGUAGGAGCCUUUUCCUUCAUCCUUUCUGGAUCACUCUCGAUCAUCACAGAGAAGAAAUCAACUAAGCUGUUGGCUCAGAGCAGCCUGGCUGCAAACGUUCUGAGUUCUCUAUCUGCUCUAUCGGGAUUCAUUUUCCUCUCUGUCAGACUGGCUGCUUUGGGUCCUGCCUUUCAGACAUGUAAAUUAAAUGAAGAAAGAUCACCUCAUGCUUAUUUUCCUUUCUAUGAACCGUUUCAACAAGACUGCUCCACGGCCAAAUCUAUUCUGGCUGGAACUAUGUCUAUGAUGCUGAUUUGUACAGUGCUGGAGUUCUUUCUAGCUGUGCUCUCUGCUGUGGUUUGGUGGAAACAGUCUUACUCUGAUUUCCCUGGGGGUGUGCUCUUCCUGCCUCAGAAUCACAAGAAUAAAUCCAGCAUGUCUCCAAAGGCACUUCAUGACCCUGAUUAUGAAGAACUAUUGGCUUCUUAGAGGGAAAUAGUCAUCAGAAAUUUGGUUUGAUGAUGAUAUAUGAAAACCAACCAAGAAAUCCAGCCCAAGAAAACAAAGUUUGAGCUGCUUGAAAUGUAGGCUUUUAUUUAGUGAGUAUUAAAAAAGAAAAUGUUUUCUUAUCAUCA